AUGUCAGUGGUCCAGGUCUCUCAGCUUGUCAAGGGUCCAGGUCCCCCAGCAUGUCAGGGGUCCAGGUCCCCCAGCAUGUCAGGGGUCCAGGUCCCCCAGCAUGUCAGGGGUCCAGGUCCCCCAGCAUGUCAGGGGUCCAGGUCUCUCAGCUUGUCAAGGGUCCAGGUCCCCCAGCAUGUCAGGGGUCCAGGUCCUCCAGCAUGUCAGGGGACCAGGUCCCCUAGCAUGUCAGGGAUCCAGGUUCCCCCAGCAUGUCAGGGUUCCAGGUCCCCCAGCAUGUCAGGGAUCCAGGUUCCCCAGCUUAGCAAGGGUCCAGGUCCUCUAGCUUGUCAGGGGUCCAGGCCCCCCAGCUUGUCAGGGGUCCAGUUUCCCCAGCAUGUCUGGGGUCCAGGUCUCUCAGCUUGUCAGGGGUCCAGGUCCCCCAGCAUGUCAGGGGUCCAGGUCUCUCAGCUUGUCAGGGGUCCAGGUCCCCUAGCUUGUCAGGGGUUCAGGUUCCCUAGCCGGUCAGGGGUCCAGGUCCCUCAGUAUGCCAGGGUUCCAGGUCCUCUAGCCUGCCAUGGGUCCAGGUCCCCAGGUCCCCCAGCUUGUCAGGGGUCCAGGUCAUAUUAA